AACUUCUACAGCCGUGUAAAAAGUAGCCAAUUGGGUUCUCCCGAACGCGAAGGAAAGCCAAAUCAGAGACACCAAAACCGACAUUGACCACCGCCGUCUCCGUGUUGGGAUGAUAUGCCGCUUCGGCCGUGGAUCAUCGUCCUUGCGUCAGUAACAAUCCCAGGCGAGUAGGUGUUCUGCAAUUCCAAUUCCGUUGAUGUCGUCGUCGUCGGAAUCCAUCUUUCUCGAGGACUUCGGUCAGAAAGUAGACCUAACCCGGAGAAUCCGCGAAGUACUCGUCAACUAUCCCGAGGGCACAACCGUUCUCAAAGAGCUGAUUCAGAAUGCGGACGAUGCCGGAGCAACCAAGGUCCGUCUCUGUCUCGAUCGUCGAAUCCACGCCACUGAAUCUCUCUUGUCUCCUUCCUUGUCGCAGUGGCAGGGCCAGGCGCUCUUGGCUUACAAUGACGCCGUGUUCACGGAGGAGGAUUUCGUCAGUAUUUCGAGGAUUGGUGGGAGUGCGAAGCACGGUCAGGCUUGGAAGACUGGCCGGUUCGGAGUAGGGUUCAAUUCCGUGUACCACUUGACGGAUUUGCCGUCUUUUGUCAGUGGCAAUUACGUGGUUCUGUUUGAUCCACAGGGGGUUUACCUCCCCAAUGUAUCGACGGCGAACCCUGGCAAGAGAAUCGAUUUCGUCGCUUCAGCUGCUAUCUCCGUCUACAAUGACCAAUUCUCUCCUUACUGUGCCUUUGGGUGCGACAUGAAAACUCCCUUUAAUGGAACUAUGUUCCGCUUCCCCUUGAGGAACUCAGAUCAUGCGGCGACGAGCAAGCUCUCGAGACAGGCCUACUUGAAUGAAGAUGUGCUUUCUCUGUUUCGGUCAGCUUUAUGAAGAAGGUGUGUUCUCGCUUCUCUUCCUCAAGAGCGUGCUUUCAGUGGAGAUGUAUGUGUGGGAUGUUGGAGAGCCUCACCCAAGGAAGCUAUAUUCUUGCUCGGUUAGCUCAGUGAACGAUGAAGUUAUCCGGCACAGGAAAGCUCUUCUGAGAAUGACGAAGAAUUUACGGCUAUCCCCUACUCCUGGUUAUGGGGACAGUGAGAUGGAUUCUUAUUCAGUGGAGUUCUCGAGUGAGGAAGUCUGUGGAAGUGAAGUGAAGAAGAGAAUUGAUGUUUUUCACGUAGUGCAAGCUAUGGCAUCUUCGAAUAGCAGAAUUGCUUCUUUCGCUUCCACUGCUUCUAAGGAGUAUGAUAUUCACUUGCUACCAUGGGCAUCUGUUGCAGCUUGCAUAUCAGAUGAUUGUAUACAGAAUGAUGAUCUGAAGCUUGGUCGGGCAUUUUGUUUUCUUCCACUACCUGUUAGAACUGGAUUGAGUGUGCAAGUUAAUGCAUACUUCGAGGUUUCUUCUAAUCGCCGCGGCAUUUGGUAUGGGGAUGAUAUGGAUAGAAGUGGAAAAGUUCGUUCUGUCUGGAAUAAGCUUCUUUUAGAAGAUAUUGUCGCUCCUACUUUCAGAUGCUUGAUGCUUGGUGUACAAGAGAUGCUCGGACCAACAUCUUUGUAUUAUUCUUUGUUUCCCGUUGGUCGUUUUGAAGAGCCAUGGAGCAUAUUGGUCGAGAACAUAUACAGAAAGAUCAGUGAUGCUCCCAUGUUGAAUUCAGACCUAGAUGGUGGAAAGUGGGUGACUCCACUUGAAGCCUUUCUUCAUGACGGAGAGUUCAUUAAAAGUAAAGAACUUGGUGAGGCCUUGCUGCAGCUAGGAAUGCCUAUUGUUCAUUUACCCAAUAACUUGUUUAAUAUGUUUUUGAAAUAUGCUUCUGGUUUUCAGCAGAAAGUGGUUACUCCAGAUACUGUACGCCAUUUCAUUAAGGGUUGCAAAUCUCUCCAGAAAUUGAGCAAAUUUUACAGGCUUGUGUUGUUGGAAUAUUGCCUCGAAGAUUUGAUUGAUUGUGAUGUUGCAAUCCAUGCAAGCAACAUGCCUUUGCUCCCGCUAGCGAAUGGCGAUUUCGGGGUACUUCGUGAUGGCUCAAAAGGGUUCCCUUAUUUUAUUUGUGAUGAUGAGUUGGAACAUAUGCUGCUUCAGAAAGUAUCUGAUAGAUUAAUUGAUCCAGAUAUUCCACCAAACAUUGCAACCAGACUUUCUUCUGUUGCACAAUCUUCAAACAUAAAUCUUACUAUUUUCAAGAUUGAAAACUUGCUGGAGUUAUUCCCUAGAUUUAUACCUAACGACUGGAAAUACAAAGACAAGGUUGCAUGGGACCCUGAGACUAUUCAUACUCAUCCUACUGCAUCGUGGUUUAAGCUGUUUUGGCAAUAUCUUCGAAGUCGCUGUGAAAAGCUAUCAGUGUUUGGUGACUGGCCUAUUUUGCCUUCCACCUCUGGCCAUUUAUACAGACCUUCUAGACAGUCAAGAAUGUUAGCUGCAGAUAACCUUCCUGGUCUAGUCCAGGGCUCCCUUAUUAAGUUUGGUUGCAAGAUACUUGAUCCCAGCUAUGGGGUGGGACAUUCAGAAUUGUCUCUCUAUGUGUCUGAUGCUGAUUGUGUGGGUGUCGUGGAGUCGAUUUUUGAUGCUGUCUCUUCAAAUGGUGGCGUAAUGGGAAGACCAUUUCAGACUUUGCUAGUGGAGGAGAGAGAUGAACUUCGGAGGUUUCUUCUUGAUCCAAAAUGGUACAUGGGAGAUCGCAUAAAUGAAUCCGUCAUUAGUACUUGCAAGAAGCUUCCCGUUUAUAGAGUUUAUGGGGGAACCUCUGUUGAAGAUGCCAUCUUCUCUGAUCUAGGACAUCCUCAAAAGUACUUGCCUCCCAUGGAUGUCCCUAGGAAUUUCCUGGGCGUUGAGGUCAUUAUGUGCUCCUUUGCUACUGAAGAGCAGAUUUUGCAAAAUAUUUUUGGAAUUGAGAGAAUGAAGAAGACACAGUUCUACAGGCAAUAUGUAUUUAGUACUGUGAAGGACUUGCAUCCUGGAGUGCGGGAUCCUGUGAUGCUCUCUGUCCUCCAAAACUUGCCACAGCUGUGUGUGGAGGAUUCUUCUUUCAGAGAAUGUCUCAGAAAUUUGGAAUUCGUCCCUACCCUAAGUGGGGGUAUUAGGUGCCCUGUGGCUCUCUAUGAUCCUCGCAAUGAAGAGUUGGCUGCUUUGUUGGAAGAUUCUGAUAGUUUUCCUUGUGGUACUUUUCUUGAACCUAAUAUUCUGGACAUGCUACAUGGCCUGGGACUCAAAACAUCUGUUUCUCCUGAGACAGUUAUAGAGAGUGCCCGACAAAUAGAAAAGCUGAUGCAUGAAGAUCAGCAGAAAGCUCAUUCCAGAGGGAAACUGCUUCUCUCCUACCUCGAAGUGAAUGCUAUGAAGUGGCUGCCCAAUCAAUCAAGCAAUGAUCAGGGGACUGUGAACAGAAUAUUCUCACGAGCUGCAAUUGCUUUCAGGCCGCGGCAUUUGAAAUCUGACCUUGAAAAAUUCUGGAAUGAUCUUCGCUUGAUUUGUUGGUGCCCGGUAAUGGUUUCUGCUCCUUUCCCAACUUUACCUUGGCCUCUGGUUUCAUCCAUGGUUGCUCCUCCUAGGCUGGUAAGGCCACAGGCCGAUUUAUGGCUUGUUUCUGCUAGCAUGAGGAUACUGGAUGCAGAAUGCUCUUCCACAGCAUUAGCAUAUAACCUUGGUUGGCUCUCUCCUCCGGGAGGAAGUGCAAUUGCUGCCCAAUUGCUCGAGCUUGGUAAAAAUAAUGAAAUCGUCAAUGAUCAGGUUCUUCGCCAGGAGUUGGCCUUGGCAAUGCCGAGGAUCUAUGCUAUGAUGAUUAGCUUAGUUGGUUCAGAGGAGAUGGACAUUGUAAAGGCUGUUCUUGAAGGUUCUCGUUGGAUUUGGGUGGGAGAUGGAUUUGCUACUUGUGAUGAGGUUGUUCUUGAUGGUCCUCUACAUUUGGCUCCUUAUGUACGUGUGAUCCCAGUAGAUUUAGCUGUUUUCAAAGAUUUCUUUUUGGAGCUUGGCGUACGAGAAUACUUCAAACCCAUUGACUAUGCUAAUAUUUUGACCAGAAUGGCAAUAAGAAAAGGCUCCUCCCCUCUUGAUUCCCAGGAAAUCAGAGCAGCUAUACUGAUUGUCCAACAUCUCGCUGAGGUUCAGUUUCAUGAGCAAAAUCUCAAAUUAUAUUUGCCUGAUGUUUCUGGAAGACUUUUCCCUGCGUCGGAUUUAGUCUAUAAUGAUGCUCCCUGGUUGCUUGGCUCAGAUGAAUCUGACAGCUCAUUUGGUGGCGCAUCAAUCAUGUCAUUGAGUGCAAAGAGGACAGUUCAGAAGUUUGUCCAUGGUAAUAUCUCCAAUGAAGUUGCUGAGAAGCUUGGAGUCUGCUCACUCCGUAGGAUAUUGCUGGCUGAGAGUGCUGAUUCAAUGAAUCUGAGUUUAUCUGGGGCUGCGGAAGCCUUUGGACAGCAUGAGGCAUUGACUACAAGACUUAAGCAUAUACUUGAGAUGUAUGCUGAUGGACCUGGUAUUCUUUUUGAGCUGGUUCAAAAUGCAGAAGAUGCCGGCGCUUCAGAAGUGAUAUUUCUUUUGGAUAAGACCCAGUAUGGAACGUCUUCAGUACUGUCUCCAGAAAUGGCUGAUUGGCAAGGUCCUGCACUGUAUUGCUUCAAUGACUCGGUUUUCAGUCCACAGGAUCUCUACGCCAUCUCCAGGAUCGGCCAAGAAAGUAAAUUAGAGAAGCCUUUCGCAAUUGGAAGAUUUGGACUUGGAUUUAAUUGUGUAUAUCAUUUCACAGACAUUCCAGCAUUUGUUUCUGGGGAGAACAUUGUUAUGUUUGAUCCACAUGCUAACAAUUUGCCUGGGAUCUCUCCUUCCCACCCUGGAUUGCGGAUCAAAUUCGUGGGAAGAAACAUCUUGGAGCAGUUUCCUGAUCAGUUUUCUCCAUUCUUGCACUUCGGUUGUGACUUGCAGCAUCCAUUUCCUGGGACGCUAUUUCGGUUCCCUCUUAGAAGCUCUAAUGUGGCAUUGCGCAGUCAAAUAAAGAAAGAAGCUUAUGUGAUUGAAGAUGUCAUGUCUCUCUUUGCAUCUUUCUCUGGUGUUGUUUCUGAUGCCCUGCUUUUUCUACGCCAUGUGAAGAAGAUCUCUGUUUUUGUGAAGGACGGAAAUGGUAGUGAGAUGCAACUUCUCCACCACGUGCGCAGGAAUUCUGUUAGUGAGCCUGAAAUGGUCAAUGCAGUUGAUGAUAUUUUCAGUCUUAUUGAUCGUAAUCGUUUUAGUGGAUUGGAUAAAGAUCAGACCGUCAAAAUGUUGAGCAAAUCCAUAGACAAAGACUUCCUGCAUAAGUGUCAGAAGAUUGUCGUUGCUGAGCAAAACCCUUCUGGAAGCCUGCUUCACUGUUGGAUAAUGGGUGAAUGUUUGGGCGCUGGAAGAGGAAGGAAAUUUUCUGGAGGUGAAUCUCAUAAAUCAAUUCCAUGGGCUUGUGUUGCUGCCUACAUACAUUCUGUGAAUGUGGAUGGGGAAUAUGAUGCUUCUGACAUGAGCUGCCAUUUCACACCGGACCUAUUUAAAGUUUCUAAUGCUUCAGUGCAAAGUAGGGAGAACUUCGAGGGCCGUGCUUUCUGCUUCCUACCAUUGCCAAUCAGUACUGGUCUUCCAGCACACAUUAACUCAUACUUUGAACUGUCCUCCAACCGCAGAGAUAUUUGGUUUGGUAAUGAUAUGGCAGGGGGUGGGAAGAAAAGGUCCGACUGGAAUAUUUACGUCCUUGAUAAUGUUGCUGCCCCUGCAUAUGGCCACUUGCUUGAGAAAAUUGCUAUUGAGAUUGGUCCAUGCGAUUUAUUCUUUUCAUAUUGGCCAACAGCAGCAGUGUUAGAACCUUGGGCAUCAAUGGCGCGGAAGCUUUAUCUAUUUUUAUCUGAAUCUGGUCUUCGUGUAUUAUAUACAAAGGCACGAGGAGGUCAGUGGAUUUCUUCCAAACAAGCACUCUUCCCUGAUUUUUCUUUUCAUAGAAUUCGUGAUCUUGUGGAGGCAUUAUCAGAUGCUGGUCUACCCCUGGUGACUGCCUCUAAGCUACUUGUUGAGCAAUUUAUGGAAGCAUGUUCCUCAUUGAACCUUCUAACACCACAAUUGUUAAGAACCUUGUUGAUUCGGCGGAAACGUGGAUUCAAGAACAGGAAUGCAGUUGUUGUAACCCUUGAAUAUUGUUUAGUUGAUUUGAAUCCCACUCAACCCGAAAAUUUGUAUGGUUUAGCAUUGUUACCUCUGGCCGAUGGUUCACAUGCUAGCUUUGAGAAAAAUGGGACUGGUGAAAGGGUUUAUGUCACAUGGGGCAAUGAGUGUGGUCUUUUGAAGGAUUCACUUACUCAUGUACUUGUGGAUGUGGAACUUCCAGAAAGUGUUAAACAAAAACUGUGUAGCAUUGCUGAGAGUGAGAAAUCCAAUGUUUCUCUUCUCUCCUGUCAUUUGCUUGAAAAACUCUUUCUGAAAUUGCUUCCAGCUGAGUGGCAGCUUUCAAAAAGAGUAACUUGGGCUCCUGGUCAGCAGGGUCAACCAACUCUAGAGUGGAUGCGAUUGCUAUGGAACUACCUAAAGUCAUCAUGUGAUGACCUCUCAAUCUUUUCUAAAUGGCCUAUACUUCCUGUUCAAGACAACAGUCUUCUGCGGCUGGUUCCAAAUUCGAAUGUGAUCGAGGACAAUGGCUGGAGUGAAAACAUGCGCUCUUUAUUGGUGAAAGUAGGAUGUUUAUUCUUGAGGAAUGACUUACCUUUAGAACACCCGCAGCUUGGGAACUUUGUGCAGCCUCCAACAGCAUCGGGGAUAUUAAAAGCAUUUCUGGCCGCUGCUGGGAAGGCAGAGGAUGUUGAGGGGAUUUUCGCAGAUGCAUCCGCUGGCGAGCUGCAUGAACUGCGGAGUUUUGUUCUUCAAUCAAAAUGGUUCAUGGAAGAACAGAUGGAUGACUCGCUUAUUGAGCUCAUCAAACAACUUCCUAUGUUUGAGUCCUACAAAAGCAGAAAACUAGUUAGUCUGACUAAGCCUACAAAAUGGCUUAAGCCAAAAGGUGUCCGGGAGGAUCUCUUGGAUGAUGAUUUUGUGCGUGCUGAGUCGGAGAGAGAAGGAAUUAUUUUGAGGAGAUAUUUGGAGAUUAGGGAACCAUCAAGAGUAGAAUUCUAUAAAGGUUAUGUACUGAACAGAAUGCCUGAGUUUCUUUCACAACAGGGAGCUGUUUUAACAAUUCUACAGGAUGUGAAGCUGUUAAUUACAGAUGAUGUCUCCAUUAGAUCUGCCCUUUCCGAGACACCUUUUGUUUUGGCUGGCAAUGGAUCUUGGCAACAGCCUUCAAGGCUAUAUGAUCCUCGUGUUACUGAGUUGAGCAAUGUGCUCCACUUACAGGCCUUCUUUCCUGCAGCUGAAUUUUCUGAUCAGGAAACUUUGGAUGUUCUGGUCAAUCUUGGACUUAGGAGAAGCUUGGGCUUCUCUGGUAUUCUUGAUUGUGCUAAAACAGUGUCAUUGUUGCAUGACUCUAGUGACUCUAAAGCAGUGGAUUAUGGGCAGAAGGUGCUUUCCUAUUUAAAUGCACUUGCACAUAAGCUGUCAGCCAAGGAUGGUGAUGGCGUCCCUAAUGAGCUUCAUGAUGAUAUAGGUGCUCAGAAUAUUCCAGCUGAAGAUGCAGAUGCUGCGGAUAUUGAUUCUUCUGGGAUUGACAGUAGAUAUCCUAUCAAUGAUCCAAAUAUUGAAUGGUUUUUGGAAAAUUUCAGUUGUGAUAAAGUGGAGGAGGAAUUUUGGUCCGAAAUGAAGACCAUUGCUUGGUGCCCUGUUUGUAAAAAUCCACCUAUAGAAGGAUUGCCAUGGUUAUCAUCUAACAGUCAAGUUGCAUCACCAGUUAUUGUCAGACCUAAAUCUCAGUUGUGGACCAUGUCUAGUAAAAUGUACGUCCUGGAUGGUGAAUGCAAGAGUAUGUACCUGCAGCAAAAGCUUGGCUGGACGGAGCUCCUGAGUCUGGAUGUUUUGUCUGCACAAUUGAUAGAGUUGUCUAAAUCAUAUGAACAGCUCAAGCUACAUACAUCCAAGAGACCAGAUUUGGAUGCUGCAUUUCAAGUGGGCAUUCCUACACUUUAUUCUUGUCUCCAAGAAUAUAUUGGCAGUGAUGAGUUUGUAGAUUUGAAGACAGUUCUUCGUGGUGUUUCUUCGGUUUGGAUUGGUGAUGAUUUUGUAUCACCAACAGCACUUGCAUUUGAUUCACCUGUGAAGUUUACCCCUUAUUUGUAUGUUGUACCAUCUGAGUUAACAGAGUUCAGGGAACUACUCCUUGAAUUAGGAGUGAGACUGAGUUUUGAUAUUUGGGAUUACUUUCAUGUGCUGCAGCGAUUGCAAAAAGAUGUGAAAGGGCCUCUUUCAACUGAUCAGUUAGGUUUUGUCCAUUGCAUCCUGGAGGCCGUGGCAGACUUUUCUUCUGAAAAGCCAUUAGUCGAGGCCUCUAGUACGGCUUUGCUAAUUCCAGAUUCUUCUGCGUUUCUUGUGUGUGCUGGGGACCUUGUAUAUAACGAUGCACCAUGGAUAGAGAACAGUGUUCUACUCGGAAAACAUUUUGUGCAUCCAAGUAUCAGCAAUGAUUUGGCAAGCAUGCUAGGAGUUAAGUCUCUCCGCUGCCUGUCCUUGGUUGAUGAAGACAUGACUAGAGAUCUACCUUGCAUGGACUUUGGUAAAGUGAGUGAACUUCUUGCAUUGUAUGGGAACAAUGACUUUUUAUUGUUCGACCUUCUUGAACUGGCAGACUGCUGCAAAGCCAAAACACUGCACCUUAUCUUUGACAAAAGGGAACAUCCUUGCCAGUCAUUAUUGCAGCACAAUUUGGGUGACUUUCAAGGGCCAGCUCUCGUUGCUGUCCUGGAAGGUGUCAGCUUGAAUAGAGAGGAGAUAAGUAGCCUUCAACUUCUUCCCCCCUGGAGACUUCGGGGUGAUACUAUGAACUAUGGCCUGGGAAUUCUUGGCUGUUAUUUCAUAUGUGAUGUGCUAUCCAUUGUUUCUGGUGGCCACUUCUAUAUGUUUGAUCCACGUGGUUUAGCAAUUGGUACACCUUCAAGUUAUGCUCCUGCUGCAAAAAUGUUCUCCUUAACAGGUACUAAUUUGACUGAGCGUUUCAAGGAUCAGUUUAAGCCUAUGAUGAUUGAUCAAGACUUGCCAUGGUCUUCCUCUGAUUCUACUAUCAUUAGAAUGCCAUUGUCAUCCGAAUGUCUUAAGGAUGGUCUUGAUUUGGGGUUGAAAAGAGUGAAGAGUAUAUUUGAUAGAGCUGAGGAGCAGGCGUCAAGGUUACUUAUUUUCUUGAAAUCGAUUCUAAAGGUGUCACUCUCAACAUGGGACGAGGGAAAUAGACAGCCUCGUCAAGAUUUUUCAGUUUCUAUUGAUUCUUCUUCAGCCUCAUUGAGGAACCCAUUCUCUGAGAAGAAGUGGAGGCAGUCUCAAAUAGCAAGAUUCUUCAGUAGUUCAAAUGCUGCAACUAAACUGCAUGUCAUAGAUGUGAAAUUGUACAAAGGCACUACGAAAUCAGUGGACCGAUGGCUCAUUGUACUUAGCCUUGGCUCUGGCCAGACCAGAAAUAUGGCUCUUGAUAGGCGGUAUCUUGCGUAUAGCUUAACCCCAGUUGCUGGAGUUGCUGCUCUCAUUUCAACAAAUGAACACCCUGCUGCUGUCAACCUUAAGGGCUCUCUCAUGUCUCCUCUUCCUUUGUCUGGAGUCCUACCUUUACCUGUCACUGUACUUGGAUGUUUUCUUGUGCGGCAUAAUAAAGGUCGUACUCUCUUUAAGCUCCAGAAUAGACGAGCAGUGACACAAGCACAGACAGAAGCUGGAGAUCAGUUGCUUGAAUCUUGGAACAGAGAAUUGAUGUCUUGUGUUCGUGAUUCAUACGUUCAUAUAGUGGUGGAAAUGCAGAAGUUAAGAAGAGAGCCAUCAAGUUCUGCUCCUGAAUCAAUUGCACUUCGGGAUGCUGCACGGUCUUUGAAGGCAUAUGGCGACAAAAUAUAUUCAUUUUGGCCAAAAUCUAAUGGGAACACAAUAAUGAGUCAGCCUGGAGAUGCCGAUAACUCCAUAUCAGCCGAUGUGCUUAAUUCUGAUUGGGAAUGCUUGAUCGAACGAGUCGUUAGGCCGUUUUAUGUCCAAGUUUCUGAUCUUCCAGUAUGGCAGCUUUACUCUGGAAGUCUGGUCAAGACUGAAGAGGGUAUGUUUCUUUCACUGCCUGGAAAUGGAGUAGGCGAUAAUGUGCUUCCAGCAACCGUUUGUAGCUUCGUGAAGGAGCAUUAUCCAGUCUUUUCGGUGCCAUGGGAAUUGGUGACAGAGAUCCAGGCUGUUGGGGUUGCGGUACGAGAAAUCAAGCCUAAGAUGGUUAGGGAGCUUCUGAAGUUUUCAUCAAGAUCUUUUGUUCUUAGGUCGGUUGACACCUAUAUUGAUGUACUUGACUACUGUCUAUCAGAUGUUGAAUUCCCUGAAUUCUCAAAUUCUGAUGGAAAUGAUUUGGCUUCAGGGAGUCUUACAUCAGCAACCAUGCAUAGGGCACCCAAUAGAGUAGCUAGUUCUGCUUCAAUGCCUGACAUGCAGAGGUUUGAUGGUUCAUCUGCACAGGGUGCAGCUAGUUCUGGAGAUGCUCUGGAGGUGAUGGCUAGUUUGGGGAGGGUAUUAUUUGAUAUAGGCAGGGGGGUUGUGGAAGAUAUUGGUAGGUCUGGGGGACCCUUAGUUCCGAGGGAUGUGGCAUCAGAUUCUAGAGCCAGAUAUCUUGAUCCGAAGUUUCAACAAGUCGCAGGUGAAUUGAGAGGCUUACCUUGUCCAACUGCAGCUGAUAAUUUAGCUAGACUAGGAAGUACUGAACUAUGGAUCGGUGACAAGGAUCAGCAGGUUCUAAUGCUACCUUUAGCAGCAAAGUUCGUUCAUCCUAAAGUACUGGAUCGAUCCAUCCUCUCUGAUAUAUUUUCGAGGUGUGCCACACUAGCAUUAUUAAAAGUCAAGUCUUUCUCUUAUCAACUACUGGCAAGACAUAUGAAGUUGCUUUUCCAUGAGAACUGGGUGAAUCAUGUAAUGGGUUCAAAUUCAGCUCCAUGGUUUUCGUGGGAAAAUACAUCAUCUCAUGGUGGCGAAGGGGGCCCAUCCCAUGAAUGGAUACGAUUAUUUUGGAAAUGCUAUGACCAAGUACCUGGAAAUGGAUUUACAGAAAUGAAUGAUGACGCAGGAGAUAGUGCAAAUAUUCCCAUGAGUCAUACUACUGAAGGCAAUUCUAUGGAACCCUACAUUUCAGCUCUGAAUCAAGCCAAGAGCAGGUAUUCAUGGUUGUUAUCACUUCUUAACCAGUGGAACAUACCUGUGUUUGAUGCUACAUUUGCGGAUUCUGCUUCCUCGUGUUAUGUUCUUCCGUCUGCUAGUCAAUCGCUGGGUCAAGUAAUUGCCUCCAAGUUUGUUGCAGCUAAACGUGCUGGCUAUUUCCCUGAAAUCCUAACACUUCCAGAUUUGGAUCGAGAAGAGCUUUUUACUCUCUUUGCUAGUGAUUUUGUUUCCAAUGGUUCCAAAUAUGGAGUUGAAGAACUGGAAAUUUUGCGCUCUUUGCCCAUAUACAAGACAGUUGUUGGAUCUUACACUCAAUUACGGGGUCAUGAUCAGUGUAUGAUCUCUUCAAAUUCAUUUCUGAAGCUGUCUGAUGAGCGCUGCCUUUCUUGUUCAACAGAUUCUGUCGGAAGUUCAUUGCUCCGUGCCCUUGGGGUUCCUGAAUUAGUUGAUCAACAGAUUUUAGUGAAGUUUGGAUUGCCAGGAUUUGAGAGGAAACUUCAAUCUGAACAGGAGGAUAUCUUGAUUUAUCUUUACACAAAUUGGCAAGAUCUGCAGUCAGAUUCUUCCUUAGUUGAAAUUUUGAAGGAGACAAAGUUUGUUAGGAAUGCAGAUGAAUUCUCAACAGAUCUUUCCAUACCUAAGGAUCUUUUCGAUCCAAGUGAUCCUUUGCUAGCAUCUGUGUUCUCAGGUGAAAGGAGGAAGUUUCCUGGAGAAAGGUUUAGUACAGAGGGCUGGCUUCGCAUUUUGAGGAAAUCGGGUCUUCGAACUGCGGCUGAAGCUGAUGUGAUACUUGAAUGUGCUAGAAAAGUUGAAUCUCUUGGGCGUGAUGAAGACAAGUCAAUAGAGGACUUCGGUGAUUUCGGGAAAGAUUUGAAUUCUUCUAGUGAUGCGAUUUCUGCAGAAAUAUGGGCGCUAGCUGGAUCAGUUGUUGAGGCUAUAUUAUCCAACUUUGCAGUUCUUUACAGCAACAGCUUCUGUAAUAAUCUGGGGAGGAUUGCCUGUGUCCCUGCAGAACUAGGGUUUCCUAACAUUAGUGGAAAGAAAGUGCUCACCUCAUAUAGUGAAGCAAUUUUGGUGAAGGAUUGGCCUUUGGCUUGGAGUUCUUCUCCCAUUAUAUCUAGACAAAAUUUCAUUCCACCAGAAUACUCUUGGGGAGUGCUACAUCUGAGAAGUCCUCCACCCUUCGCUAGGGUCCUUCAACAUUUAAAGGUAAUUGGAAGAAAUGGCGGUGAAGAUACUCUUGCUCAUUGGCCAACAGCAUCUGGCAUUAUGACAGUUGAUGAAGCAUCAUCCAAAGUAUUGAAGUAUCUGGAUAGUGUCUGGGAUUCUCUAUCUUCUUCAGAGAAAAAAGAAUUACAGGGUGUAGCAUUUCUGCCUGCUGCUAAUGGAACACGCCUGGUGAUGGCGAGCUCUCUAUUUGCGAGGUUGACAGUAAACCUGUCACCUUUUGCCUUUGAACUUCCAACUCCCUAUCUUCCUUUCGUGAAGGUCCUCAAAGAAUUGGGCCUUCAGGAUCUGUUAUCUGCUGCUGCUGCAAAGGAUCUUCUUCUAAACCUCCAAAAGGCAUGUGGAUAUCAACGCCUCAAUCCAAAUGAACUCCGUGCUGUAAUGGAAAUCCUCUCAUUUCUGUGUGAUACAUCUGUCAAGGCAACCCCAUCCGAUUUGUGCAACUGGAAAGAAGAUGCAAUCAUCCCAGAUGAUGGUUGCAGACUUGUUCAUUCAAGGUCAUGCGUAUAUGUCGAUUCUUAUGGUUCUCAGUAUGUAAAUAGCAUUGACACCACCAGAUUAAGAUUUGUCCACCAAGACAUCCCAGAGAGGAUGUGUUUACUUUUGGGCAUCAGAAAGCUAUCUGAAGUUGUUGUGGAGGAACUUGAUCAGGAAGAACAUCUGCAGCCACUAGAAAGUAUUCGAUCUGUGCCUCUCUCUGUUAUCAGGAAGAAGCUGUUGAGCAGAUCAUUCCUCGAUGCUGUGUGGACUAUUGUGAAUAGCAUAGCGAAUCCUAAUACCUCAACCACUAAUUUACGAGUGGAAACUGUACAUAGUUCUCUGCAACUGGCUUCUGAGAAGUUGCAGUUUGUUAAGAUGCUCCACACUCGUUUCCUCCUCCUUCCAAGAUCUCUGGACAUCACUCUUCUAGCAAAGGAUUCCAUUAUCCCUGAGUGGAAAGACGGGCCUAAACACAGGAGUCUCUACUUUGUCAACCGGUCGAAGGGCUUGGUUUUCGUUGCUGAACCGCCUCCUUACAUAUCUGUUCUUGAUGUUGUUGCUAUUGUAGUUAGUCAGAUUUUAGGGUUCCCUAUGUCGUUACCUCUUGGAUCUUUAUUUUUAUGCCCAGAAGGUGGUGAAGCUGCUAUUCUCGAUAUCCUGAGACUUCGUUCUGAGAAAAGAGAGCUGGACCCCACAACCAACAAAUUGGUGGGCAAGGAGAUACUUCCUCCUGAUGCUCUUCAGGUACAACUUCAUCCGCUGAGACCCUUCUAUAAGGAUGAAAUGGUAGCAUGGAGGUAUCAGAAUGGUGAAAAGUUGAGAUAUGGUAGAGUUCCGGAGGAUGUCAGGCCAUUGGCUGGCCAAGCCCUCUAUAGAUUGAAGGUAGAAACUGCACCUGAGACAGUUGAGCCUCUACUGUCUUCUCAAGUGUUCUCUUUUAGAAGCAUAUCAACGGGGAAUGAAGCUUCUUCCUCUGUAAUACCUGAGAGUAGUCAAGCAGUGGCUGAGACAAGGGCGCCUAACGAGACUCCUGAAAGUUCUGGUGGAAGCAAAAUACCUAAAUCUUCCCAGAGCUUGAAGGAUCUUCAAUAUGGUAGAGUAUCAGCUGGUGAACUUGUUCAGGUGGUACACGAUAUGCUUUCCACGGCAGGGAUAAACAUGGACGUGGAGAAGCAGUCUCUAUUGCAGAGAACUUUGUCUUUACAAGAGCAGUUGAAAGAGUCGCAAGCAGCGCUACUGCUUGAGCAGGAGAAGGCGGAAGGGGCGAGCAAGGAAGCCGAGACGGCAAAAGCGGCAUGGGUCUGCCGAGUGUGUUUGACCAAUGAAGUCGACAUGACAAUAGUGCCUUGUGGUCAUGUCCUGUGUCGCCGAUGCUCCUCUGCUGUUUCAAGGUGUCCGUUCUGUAGGCUUCAGGUCACCAAAACCAUAAGAAUUUUCCGACCAUAGAAUCAGUCGGCUAAAUCUGUCAUAGCCAUUAGUCAUACUCUUUUGAGCUAGCCACAUUCUUGGUGUAGCUUAGCUUUCUUGGCCAUGUUCUGCACCAUGUAUAUAUAGAGAUACCAAGUUGGGCCGUGUUGCAUGUAUAAAUCAUUUUUUUCAGAAGCAAACUGCCUCUUCUCAGCUCCAGUUCUGGUGCGUACUGGUAUGCCUAAAAACUGGAAGCCAUCAUCGUAUCAAAAUCUUGUCUAUAGAGCAUUGGAAUUUAACAUCUUUGAUCACUAUUUAUGUCAUUAAACAAUUCCCUUCCCACAGUAUCAUCUCGAGCAGUU